AUGACUUAUGCUUAUCUCUUCAAGUACAUCAUCAUCGGAGACACAGGUGUGGGGAAGUCAUGUCUCCUCCUGCAGUUUACGGACAAGCGGUUCCAACCCGUCCACGACCUCACAAUAGGCGUGGAGUUUGGGGCCCGUAUGGUCAACAUUGAUGGAAAACAAAUCAAACUUCAAAUCUGGGAUACGGCUGGACAAGAAUCCUUCCGUUCCAUCACCCGUUCCUACUACAGGGGAGCAGCCGGUGCACUGCUGGUGUACGACAUUACAAGGCGUGAAACCUUCAACCACCUGACCUCAUGGUUAGAGGAUGCCCGGCAGCACUCUAGUUCCAACAUGGUUAUCAUGCUGAUUGGGAAUAAGAGUGACUUAGAGUCUCGUAGGGAUGUGAAGAGAGAAGAAGGAGAAGCCUUUGCUCGGGAACAUGGACUUAUAUUCAUGGAAACUUCAGCCAAAACCGCCUGCAAUGUUGAGGAGGCCUUCAUUAACACAGCCAAAGAAAUAUAUAGGAAGAUCCAGCAGGGUUUAUUUGAUGUCCACAAUGAGGCAAAUGGCAUCAAGAUUGGACCCCAGCAGUGUAUUUCAACCUCAGUGGGAUCCAGUGCCUCCCAGCGGGGCUCUCAUGACACGGGGGCUGACUCUGGCUGCUGCUAA